AUGGAAACAAGAUCUGCAAAACGUAAAAAAAUAGAACAAGAACAAGAAAACAAUGCCAAAUCAAAACCAUUAAUAGAUCGAAUUAGUGAUCUCCCUGAUGAUAUUAUUCAUCAAAUCCUUCUUUUACUUCCUAUUAAAUGUGUUGCACAAAUGAGUGUUCUUUCAAAGAGAUGGAAAUUUCUUUGGACAUCUUUUCCUGAUCUUGAUUUCACAACUCUUGAUCCAUUUCCACUUAUUUCAACCAAAAAUCAUAAGAAAAUUGAUAUAUCAAGACACCCUUUAUCUUCUUCAAAACUUGAUUUCAUCACCCAAGUUCUUUCUAUUCGCGAUGUAAAACAUAAAGAUAUAAGGGUCCUUUGUUUUCGCGCAUCUUUGAGUUUUUCGCGUUUAAAUAACUUGGUUCGUAGCGCCAUUAGGCAUAAUGUUAGAGAACUUGAUAUUGAAGUUCACACGGAAGUAGAUACCGAGGAUUUUUUCAAUUUUCCUAGAUGUGUUAUUGGUAGUGAAUCAUUAAGAGUUUUGAAAUUGAAAUCUGGUUUUCGUUUGCCUCCAUCAUCGGUUAUGCGAAACGGAUUUCAAUCUUUGCAUACAUUGUCAUUAUCUCUAGUUAUUUUAUAUAAUCAGCCUUCUUUAUCUGAUCUAUUCUCUGAAUCAUCUUUUCCUCGUCUAAAAAAUUUGCACCUUGAUAUGUGCUUCGGAUUAACACAUCUUCGUAUUGGUUGUCGUGCUCUCGAAGAUUUGAAUUUGGAAAGAUGCUAUGAGCUACAAGGUUUGGAAAUUUGUGGUGGAAAAAUUGAAAGAAUGAGAGUUAUAAGUUGUUUUGAUGCUUAUUGUGACAACAACACUUGGGUGAGAUUGAAUGUGCCAAAGCUUGAAAAUUUGAUUUGGAAAUUUAAUGCAGUUACUGAUGUUACUGUAUUUGAGAAUUCAAAUUUGUUGAAUGAGGCUUCCAUUGGUUUCUUUAUGUUGAGGGAAGGUAAGGUUAAUAUGGGUAGGUUUGAAAGUGCCAAUAACUUCUUCUCUGGAUUGUCUCAUGCUCAUUCCUUGACUCUUAAUACCCAAACUAUUGAGAUUCUAUCGAAGUAUAAAUUCAUUAUUCAGCCAUUUUAUAAUCUUAAAUCAUUAGAGCUACAUACUAGUUUGAACAAGAGUAAUGUUCAAGCAUUAGCAUGCCUAUUCAGAAGUUGUCCAACCCUCCACACAUUUAAUCUGGAGAUCAUUAACGAUUACAAGAUUGAAAGAAAACUAUGGAAUAGGGACUUAUGGGACAUGACUAGCACAGAAGAAGAGCAAUAUUGGGAAUCUCAAAUCCCAAGUUUGAAAUCUUUUCUACAACACUUGAAAGUGGUGAAAAUUAAAGGCUUUCUUGAUUGUGCAAAUGAAGUUACAUUAGUUAAGUUUCUUCUCAAGCAUGGAAAGGGUUUGGAAGAAAUGAGAUUGUGCACUGGACAUUCAAAUAGAAGAGAUACUUUGAGGAGACAAAAGAUAAAGUCACAAAUGAUGGGAUUUUCUUGGGCUUCUUCUAAUGCCAAAGUGGAGUUUCAGUAG